AUGUCUCACUCCCAGGAUGCUCGCAAUCGGCGGGUGGGUACCGGUUUCAGCCGGAGUGGUCAGCGCACUGUGAUGGGAUACUGGGCGCCUCUCGCCCUGACUGUUGGUAUUGCUGCCAUUGGUGUUGCGACUUGGAUAUGGACGGAGCGCAAUGAAGAAGAUGACGAGGAUGACCGCGACUAUCCUCGAGGUGGUGAUGAACGCGCGACUGGCCCCAGCGGGGUGUCAUUUCCGCGCGGUGAAUUUGAGGACGGUGAAUACGCUCAAGCGACAGGUGCAGAUAUCCAUGGCGAUCCGAACGAGGAUGCCAGUGUGAUGGCUCGCAUGCAAGGAGCAUUGCGGCGUACGCCCAGUCCCCAGCAGAUCUUUGAUGGUGCAAGCAAGCGGGUUGCCGCCGGUGUAGCAGCAGCUGGAGCAUUUGUUGGAGGAGCUCUGACUUCAAUCCGAGAGGAGAACAGAGGCGACUUUGAGGACCAUUCACGAUGGUCAGAAGAGGUGGAAUCCCGGAAUCAGCGAAGGAACCAGCCAGACGCUACCCUGCCCAGCCAGGUCCCAACGCGUGGCGUCGAUAGUGGCCUCGCGACUUCUGAAAAAAAGAGAAAGGCCGUGGUAAUUGUCGUAUCAUCGGAAUCAUCGCAUCUUCACCACGAAGAUCUGACCUCUGACCAUGUGUCUAUCCUUUCUCACCUUCCUGAACAUGUCAACCCGGAUUCCGCUAAAAUUUUCGUCUUGAUCUAUUCGCCCGGACUGAAGCACGCGCCCAACCAAGGUGGCUCCUCGCACACAUUGUCAGUCACAUCGUCAUACUCAAACAUCGCUCCCGAAGAAGCUGCCCCAUCAGCCGAAGGAACUACCGCAGAUCUGUCCACUUUGGAGCCUCGACAGGCUGAGGACCCAGAGGGUACAACACCCCUGUUCAACACUUUAUACACACAGGGCCAGGCUAUCGUCGACAAGGAUACCAUGAUUAUGCCGUUCAACUCCCCUACCGGAUAUGUACAUCUUGUCCGUCAUCUAUCGCCUGAUACUGUCUAUGUUCAGGAGUCACUAUCUGGUCAGGAUGGGGCUGCAGUGAACCACAUCUCCGGCUGGGUCAGGCAGGUUGUUGUUGUGGUUGGUGAUGAAGGUGGUCGAGGCGGCCUCAUCGACAGCGAUGAUGAAUCGGCACUUGCGGGUAAUGAUGAGAAAUGGUGGCGUAAGGAGGGUGUUACUGGCAUUGGUAAACGCAUCGACGUGGUUGAUGUGCUCCGUGUCGGGGACGAUUGGCGGCGUAGAAUUAGCGGCCAUGACUAG